AUGCCGAACCCAGAGAAGCCCACUCCUAAAUCUACAUUGCCAGCUGUCUCAGGCUCUGCACCCCAACGAUCUCACACUCUGAAGCGACGCAUCUCUUCUGGCUUCAAUACAUUUAUGACUGCUCUUCCCAUACGGGGAACGAUCCCACAACCCACUUCUGCCCUUCGAUUGAGUACGGCACUUGGAGAAGACGUGGUUGUAAAGCGAGUAAUCGCUGAUGCCGAUUCGCAGGUUAUCCAACAACUGCCAAUCAUCCAGAUACAAAUUCCAUCUCUCUCCGAGCCCAACCAACAUUGUCCCUUUGAUCUUAGUAGUUAUCGUUCCUUUUCAAACGUUGAACGCCCAUGCUGCAGCUUCUGCGGGAUGCGACCACCAAAGUCACCUUCCAGCGUAUCAUACGAUGAGAGUCGAUCCGAAAGCGCGCUUUCUCAUAUGAGACCAGCUUUGGGGAAGAGAACGGACCUUACGGUCAGGAGAGAGGUAACGAUUCAAAAUGCGUCUCUUCCGCAGCACAGUUCUUCAUCCGAAGAGGGCCCGCGUCUAGUGCCUCCAGAAAUUGCAGCAAAAAGCAUAGGUAACCCACCAAGGAAAGCAGCGCUACCAAUUCAGCGAUCUGGUGCUGUCAGUGACAGCUUGAUACCGCCCUCUGACCAGUGGAGCUCGCAGUCACUAGAGAAUAGAACUACUGCCGCGCGCGCAAAUGUUCCUCGACGGCAGAAAAGUGCUCUUGAGCAGAACGACGUAAGGCCAAUAAGCCCUAGAUUGCAUUAUCACUAUGGCUUGCCCAACUCAAAGGAUUACCCUUACGUCCUAAAAAGGGAGGUAUCUCAACACCUAGAUGCUAUACGUGCCGGUGAACCGAGCCCAUUGAUCGACUUUGCCUGCGCUGCUCGUCUCAAAAAGGCUUCAGAUCGGAUGACAGAUUUCUCUGAGACGGUUUUCUAUGGCCAGAAAUUCUCGGCAGCUUUCGGCCCUAUUCCAGAGCAACAUCCAUCACUGCAAUCACCACGCAGUACCGUUAUCGUUAAAAGAAGUCUCGACACGGGUGGUCAUGUCGUGAUUGAACGUCCGCUUCCUGAGCAGCAAGCUAGCAUCAAUGCACUGUUGCAUAGCGGAGAUAAGUACUCCAGACGCGCCACACAUCUAUCACAGCAAAAUUCACUAGAUUCGAGACCAUCGAGUAAUAAUCGACGUCGAACGAGACAUACAAGUUCGAGAGCAGCACCGAGUUCAAACGAUCAGUCAUCGGACUUUCAGGAAUGGCUCAGUGACGAUAUCAUACCAAAAUUACGAGGUGGUUGUGGGGGAGACAAAAGUACGCAUACGGGUGGUUGUGGUUUAAUCCCCAAACAGUUGCUACUCACUUGUUACAGGCCUGGUCAUGGCUAUGCCACUGAUUCAGACAACGACGAGAACUUGCCACCAGCGAGGACUCUGAACCUGGCUGAAAUCGCGCGCGCUUCAAGGCAGGCUCAUGGUAUAUCACGUCUCCCCAAGGGUAUGUCGAGACGUGGUGGAAGCCAGGAUACAUCAAGGGUGGGCAAAUCUGCAGCUGGCAGCGGACACGUUACUAAUUCGCUGCCAUCACGCACACCAAGUUUCGCAGCUACCCACUCACAGCCUCGCUCUAUAUUCUUCCAUUUACCAACUUUCGGUCUCACCUCAACAUCUGCCCUUCCUACGAUUCCCCCAUUCAAUCGUUCUGUUUCUUUCACAGACGUUGCUAUUCGACCUAGAACCCAAUCACCCGUCGUCAGCCUUAGAGGUGGCACUGGCUCGCCUUCUGCUCUGCGAGGCUAUGAGCGCCUCCCACCAACAUUGUUCUGGCUUGCAGGUGGUCGAGGCAAACCUAUUACCACUGUUAGCUGGAAGACCCAAAAGCCCAAGAAGAGAAUGAACGGAUUGCUUGGUAUGGCUCUUCAUGGACUUAACGCAGGUACCGAAUACAGGAAAAAGGCAAGAACACAAGAUAACGGCAUGAGCACUGGGAUUGGGCAAGAUGUGCCAGUCGUUCCUCAAGCAAGCAAAUCCGUCACGGAAGAGAAGGCGGAGAGUGCGAAGUCAGGAAAAACUUAUUCCUCCAUAUCCUCUUCACCAUUAACGAGCAAUACGAAAAGCCACACUGCACAGUCCCCAAGAUCGAGCAGAUCCGGCAAGGUGCGUCGUGAAGCACAAAGGGAGACAACCUUGGAACCAGCACCUGGGGAAGCUGCUGCGGCUCGAGCGGAGGCAGACCAUAUCCCAACUAGCGCUGCGGCCACAGAAAACCAGCCCGCGAAUGCCCUAAAGGAAGAUGCCCCUCUGGUUGGAGAUUCGCAGAGAGAGCCCAUGGGCGUUGAUCCCCAAGGAGAAACACUGCCUCCGAACGAAAACGUGAAGAAAGGACAAGCGGCGGCGGAAGAAGAUGGCGGGGCGAAUACACAGAGUGGUUGA